AUGUCGAACAUUCUCGCACUUUUUCUCAUUUUUCUCCUAUUCGUCGUCCAGGACGUCUUCGGAUGCGAUAUUACUGCCACGUUGACGUCGCAAACGUAUCACGAAGUCUUUGCGCAGUUCACCUUUCACAAUCAGACGAAAAGUCCAGUGUGAGUUUUGACUUUUUGUUAAUAAUUUGCCAUUUCUGACCGUUUUAAAGGCGUACAGCAGAAAAAUAGAGGAAAUGGGCGAAAAUUGCAAAAAUGUGCAGCUUACAAAGGGCGGAUUUGAAAGCGAUUCGCUUGCUUUUGCGCAACGACGACCAAAAACGUAGAAAGGGGCGUGGCCUAGCGUGCACGGUUUAUCACCAUUUUGGCGCGAAAUUCGAAAAUUUAACCCCAUUUUUUAUGUUUUUCGUCAAAAAUUACCCGAAUUUUGUACGAUUUCGACGAUGUAAUUGCCAAAUAAUUUUGUUAAACUAAUCAUCGCGCGCACUUUUUGAGCUUAAAACGAGCAGGUUUCAUUCAGAAAUGAAUAAAUUGAAUCGAUUUUCAAGUUUUGGGCUGAAAAUGCGCGAAUUUCAGUCAUUCGCCGAUACUUUUUGCCGUUUGAACGCUUAAAAUACUUGUAUUAACGUGCUUAAUCACUUCCGACACUCACUUCGUCUCAAAACUAUCCACAUCGGCCGGUAUGAAAAUUCCGAAAUUGCGGCGGCGAUUGGCCGCGGAGAGCCUAUUGCGAAAUAUGCCAAAAACGUCUCAAACGCGGCGUUUUCACGAAAAUUUCAAUGUUUUCUCUCUUUAAUGUGCUCUUCUUUCGUCGAUAUCAAACACAAAAAUAUCGGAAAAGUGCUGGAAUUGCGGCAAAUUUCAGAAAACGCGUCUCAGAUUAGGCCACGCCCCCCUUUCUACACUUUUGCUCGCCGUGAUUUUGAUACACUUUUGAUUGCAGCUAUCAAUUCGAAAAGGACGGAAGUGAGAAGAAAGUGCACAUCACCGGAAUGUGGUGCAAUAUGAAGCCGACCAAGCUUGACGUGAGUUUUCCCGAAAAAAUUGUUCGCAUUAAUCACGAAACCCUUCCAGAUUUACCGAAAAGUGCCCAGCGGACAAAAGCCAACGGCGACGACUCAGGCGUUCAUCGAGGGCUUCGGAUUUAUGAAUUAUGUGGUAAGCGACGGAGAACUAGGAUUUCUCUAGGCCACCAACAAAUAUGUCUCUUCCAGCUUCUCAGCGACGGCGUCUUCAUGGGCGCAAAGGCCGGAGUCGCGUGUGCGGUCGGAGAUUGCGGGAAUUCGCGCGGUUAA